UCGGGGGCUCCCGAUGCGUGGACUACCCGCCGCGGCCCCCGCUCCUGCGAUGCCCUGCGCCCCCGGGACCCCCGAAAGGAGUUUGCCCACCGCCGCCCCGGCCGGCUCGCAGGGCUGCCUUUCCUUAUGAAGAAGACACAAACUUGGAUUAUCACUUGCAUUUAUCUUCAACUACUCCUAUUUAUUCCUCUCAUCAGAGCUCAAAAGAACUGUGGGAAUCCUGUGACAGAUGAUGUGAAGGACAUUACAAAAUUGGUUGGAAAUCUUCCAAAUGAUUAUAUGAUAGCCCUUAAAUAUGUCCCAGAGAUGGAUGGUCUGCCUAAUCACUGUUGGUUGCAUCUGAUGGUUCCUGAAUUGGCCAAAAGUUUGAAUAAUCUUCUCCAAAAAUUUUCAGAGAUUUCUGAAUCUCUAAGUAAUUAUUCCAUCAUCAAUAAUCUCACAAGAAUAAUAGAUGACCUCAUGGCAUGCCUAGCUUCUGAUAAAAAUAAGCAUUUUGUACAAAGAAAUAUCCACCUUUAUAAAAAAGGCAGUUUCAUUCCUAAAGAAUUCUUUGGAUACUUUAAUCGCUCUAUAGAAGCCUUCAGGGACUUUCAAGCAGAGCACAGUGACUGCAUUUUUCCUACAACAACAUUAAUGCCAGAGAAAGAUUCCAGAGUCAGUGUCACAAAACCAUUUUUGUUACCCCCCGUUGCAGCCAGCUCCCUUAAGAAUGACAGCACUAGCAGUAAUAGAGAAGCCUUUGGUUACAUUAGCAGCUCUAGCCUGCAAUGGAUAAGCAUAGCAGUGCCAUCCAUUUUUUCUCUUGUCAUCGGCUUUAUCCUUGGAGCUAUAUACUGGAAGAAAAAACAUCCAAAACACUCAGUGGAAGUUGAAAAUAUACAGGGUAAUGAAGAGGAUAAUGAGAUAAGUAUGUUGCAAGAACGAGAGAGAGAGCUUCAAGAAGUGUAAUUUUGCUGGGUAUCCACACUGUUACUUUCGUGCACUGCAGGUAACAGUUUCGCGAUCGCUUCACAACUGAAGCAGCUUUAAGCCAAUUCAUAUUCCGUCAGGAGCGACAGGCUGAGUCUCUAUUCAUUCUUGCUACCCAUGACUCUCUAAUGAUGAUUCAGCUCUGGGACAAAGUGUUCAAAUGAAUUAAACAUCAUUAAAGAAGAGUGUGCACAGAAGAGGACUUGAAGCUUUCGAAGGCUUGCCAUUGCAUUUAGGACAGAACCGAUACUGGAAUUGGAAGCAGACUCUGCCUCGUCCCCGCGACUCCGGAAAUGGGUCAAAACUGAAUCUUCAAAAAGAUUUUAUUCUUCGAUUGCAAUCUACACCCUAAGGUUUUUUUUCUUUUUCUAAUAGACUUCAGCCUGAAUCAUCACAGAUAAAGAGAGAGACUAUAGAGGCUAUGGUUAAAAACAAAGCAAUGUACAGUACAUAAAGAAGUUGAAUCUUAGAGGUGUGAUGUCCUGGCAAGCUGGUUUAUCACUCUACAGAGCCGGGUUCCUAUUAUGAGUCACAUAGAGGAGCCUUUAUAUCUAGCAGGUGAUUAUUUGCUUAGAACACCACCUCCAAGUCUGACAUGGUUUUGGCUGGUCCUUUCCAUGCAGGUGAAACCAAUUAGGAAUUAGUAUCAUGGUGCAGUUAGGUUGGAGAGUUUAUAUAUAUAUAUAUAUAUGUGUGUGUGUGUGUGUGUGCGUGUCUGUGUGGGUGUGGGUCUGUGUCUGUGUGUGUUUGUGUGUAUAUAUGAAGAAGCUCUCAUCACGGAUCAUCAGAGGAGUACUUGAAGAAAAUAUGAGGCACCACUAAUGAAGUCAUCCAUUUUCUCUUGGCCACUCGAAGUUUAUAAAUGUUUGUAAAAUAUGGUAGAUCUUUUUAUAUCCUAGAGUCAUUACACAGAUUUAUGUAAAGAGUGUUAGGAGAAAAUGCUGAAUGGGUGAAGAUUCCGUUAUAAAAUAUCAACCAUAAAUGGGGACGUACGGGAACGAUUCUGUUUCCACAGAUAAUAUUCAAUAACCAAGUUCCCUACAUGCUGAGGUCGGAAGCGUGCUAAUCGACACCGAGAAAGCAAGUGAUCUGGAAAACGUUAUGGAAAAUAACUUAAUUACUGUUAACGUGAUCUUCAUUACCCGUAUUCAAUUAUCCAUUCAGUUAGAAUCCAGUAUCCUUAUUUAUUGACGUUUUCAUUCAAAGCGCGAAAGAAAUUAUUUAGUUGCAUAUCUACUGCUUUGAAAAAUGUGCCAUCACAUAGUCCACGUAAAAGAUGAAUUAGGUAUGUAUUGCCAAAAUGGACCCUUAGUUUUAAAAUAUACUUGCAAACAGUGUGUUGUUGGGCUUACCUUUGAUAAUAUUUUCCAGAUUUCUGGAAGAGACACUUACCUGAGACAUUAGCUUUAGCUUAUUUGACAUAUCUUGAUUGAGGUUUUAAUUCCUUCAAUAUGCUAUGGAAGUAUAUCUGGAAUAAUAAUAAUUAAAAAAACCAUAAAUGUGAUCAUUAUGUUAUCAGUACUGCAUAAACAAUGAAAUGAACUUCUGGUCAUUCUCCGGGAGUCUCAGAAGUAUGACCAGCUAACAUUUUACUUUUUCUUUGGGGUCAAAUAUCAUAAACCCCUGGGUACCUUGUAAUGGUUGGUCAUUUUCAAAGUUAAUCCAGGCCAUAACUACCACGAUGCUCUCAGAAGUACAGAUAGGUCCUCCCAAUUGCCCUUUAAUCCUGAGAAGAAUUAGAUGUUACCUCUUUUAUAAAACUUUAUCAACUCUUUUUGCUCUCAAGGUAUCAUUAGUGCCUUUAAGCAGUAAUUUAAGCUAGUGACCUGAAAGAGUUAAUGUAACUUGGCAGAGUACCUAACGUGCUACAGGGAGUAGUUUAAUUUCUGAGAAAAUCUAGCCCAGUAUAACUCUUUCUGGUAUUGUCACAGCCAAAAUAUGGGCAGUUCUUCACACUGCUUUGACAAUACAGUAACUGGUCUUACUCUGAGGAGAAUGUGUACUUCCCUUACAGGAGUCAAAAUUUGAGCCUACCGCGCUUCCAGCAUUACUGAAUUCAAAUGUCUACAUUUUUUGCCUAUAAGACACGCUGCCAUUUACAUCACUUUGUAUUUUUGUUGCCUCUGAAAUGGCCUAAUUCAGAAACUCGGUGUGGUCUAAGUUAUACUGAGAGCACCUUAAAUACCCUAAGAAACUAAAAAUUCAUAAAGGAAUAAAUAAUCCCAGGCUAAAUAAUAGCCAGGACAAUGGCAUUUGAAUACCCCACACAUUGACUGUACAGUCUUAAUCCAAUGUGCUGUUAUAUGCAGAUUCAACUCUAUGAUGAUAUACAUAAAAAUACAGUUAUGUAAAAAGUUUUCUACUGAAAACUAAAGUGUUUAGUGUUUACUUCCAAUAAAAAUUAAAGUCAUUCUUUAGUAAGUUUUGAAAUGCUUUUGAUGCCUUUAUUGGCAAAUUAUUUAGAAAGCUAUUCCCAUUUCAUAGCUUUUUCUUUAAAUUGUUCCAGCAUUUGAGGUGUCUCCUCCAAAAUUAAUUAUAACUCCUGGCACCUAGCCAUUUCACAUCUAUUCAUCUUCAAUUCAGAACAAGGAAGUAAACAGAAGGCUAACAAUUUCCCAUACAGUUUUUAGCUCUAAAGUCCCUGUACACAAGUACCCUGACCUCAAAAGGCUCAUCUGACUAUUGUUCCUCUUGUAAAUAGGGUCUAUUAGCAAAAGUGGAAUUCAGUCUCAUGUGAGGUGAAUUAAAUGAUUUUCACAGGUGAUGACUUUUCCUUACCUUGAAUACGUAUUUUGGAUGUCAUGAUAUGAAAGUUCACAUUUAGAUAUUUAUAUAGCUGUUGUGAGGUCCUUAACAUUGAAACCAGCCAAAAUUCAGUAUUCUGAAGUCUUUAUUUUAAUGAGGUACCACAUUUAAAUGGUGAUUUGCCCACUAUCUUAAUCCCUUUAGGGAAGGAAUAAGCCAAAUUUACUUUUUUAGUUUCAAUGGGGAAAUGAGAGGGAUGUCUUAUUUUUAGACAUCUUCAAUGGAGUUUGAGGAAGUAUCAUUUUGAAAAAUACCCUGGGAAGAGGUAUUUUGGACACUACCAGCAGCAUGUCAGGAAUUUCCAUCAACACAGCACAACUGUGAAGCUCUUCAAUUACUACUAUAGAAUUGUCUUUGUUUUUGAUGGCAAAGUAAUGGUACUUUUUGUCAUAAUGAGGCAUAUCUACUAGUGAACAUUUCUAAAAACGAAAAACCCAAAAAGCAACCCACCAAACAACUGUGCAGAAUUCUGAAAUUAUCAAGCAUAUGUACUUUAUAGAAUUGUUGGUCAUCACCAGCUAUGUUAGUAGUUUCUCCCUGUAAUAUUUGUUUUAAAAAUGUAAAAAUGUAAAAAUUCAGAAGACAGUAUAGUUAUUUAAACUAAACAAAAUAGUUGCAGUUGGUCAUAAGAAUCACCUAUUCCAUUAUUAUUGUUGUAUCUUGAGUGCUUACUAUGUGCCAAGCACUGGGGUAGAUACAAGCUAAUCAGGUUGGACACAGUCCCCCUCCGAUUUGAGAUUCAUAGUCUAACUAGGAAGGAGAACAGGAAUUGUAUUCCAUUUUACAGUUGAGGAAGCUGAGGCACAGAGAAGUUAAGUGACUUGCCCAUAGUCACACAGCAAGCAAUUGGCAGAGCUGGGAUUAGAACCCAAGUCCUCUGAUUUCCAGAGCUAUGCUCCUUUCACUAGGCCACACUGUUAUUACAAAUUUCUAAGUCCAUGGUUUUACUUCUAGAUUUUUUAAAUGGGGGAAAAAUGACAAACUUAUUCAGUACUUGGAAAAAAGUUGACAUCAAACAGAUGCACAGGCGUACUGCUAGUUCUGUCAGUUUGGAAAUUGCAUAUUGUAAUGUAAAUGUAUGUCAACGCUAUUUUGCUUAGUUCCAUUUUGGCAAGAUGAAUUAAUUCGAAAUGUUUAUAAAAUGUGGAGUGUGUGUGUGUGGGUGUGUGUGUUUAUGGAUGUGUAUGUGUGUAUCUGUAUGAGUACUUUUUAAAAUAGGUGUAUGCCCUGACCUUUUUUUUUUAUACUGGUUUGAAUUUGAAAUUUCAUUAUAGAUAUAUACAUAUACUUUAUUGUUCUAAAUAAAGAAUUAUAUGCACUACAAA